AUGGCAAAGCGCAGUACCAAUCUGCUGGUGGCGGCUGUGGUGGCUUGCGCCGUGUACGUCCUGCUGCCGGUCGAGAGCUUCGUUGCCCCGCAGUCGCUUCGCGGCUCCACCCCACAGGCCGAGGCUGGAGCAUUCGCCCAGGCACCCACCUUUCAGACGGAGGGCCGGUCGGUGCAAGUGAGCAUGGCGGCGACGGGUGGCGAGCCUACCAGGUUUCCCCUCGUCUUCUUGGGCUUGUUGGCGGGCACGGCCGCGGUAGGCCUCCUGGCCGUCUUCUUCUACGGCUCCUACUCUGGUGCAGGCAGCGGCCUGUGA